GAUCGACAUUGAACUGGAUCCCCAGCCAUGCUGGCAUCCGGGGAAAUUAGGCGGCAGAUGAUGCAGCCAAGGCAGCAACAGACUAUCCACAUGUUGGGAUUACAGUCCCAAUCAGCCUACGACAGACCAAAAUUAAUACAUACAUAUGUAUUAAUUUAGUCAUCCUACGCUGAAUGUUUUCUAACGAAUUUAUGUCCAUUCUGUGAUAUGGAGAACAGAACUAAGCUGCAUUAUAUUACCAGUACAUGAAAUACAUUUAGCACACUUAAGUAAUUCACUGCACGCAAUGAAAAAUAUUCCUAAAAUUCUUUCCAGCACAAACGUGAGGGAAGCCUUCCCCCGCCUUGCAUUUCUCACCCAAAAACCUAUUACCUGGAGUUUACCUGGAGAGAGUUUCGGGGGUCAACGCCCCCGCGGCCCGGUCUGUGACCAGGCCUCCUGGUGGAUCAGCGCCUGAUCAACCAGGCUGUUGCUGCUGGCUGCACGCAAACCAACGUACGAGCCACACCCCGGCUGAUCAGGAACUGACUUUAGGUGCUUGUCCAGUGCCAGCUUGAAGACUGCCAGGGGUCUGUUGGUAAUCCCCCUUAUGUGUACUGGGAGGCACUUGAACAGUCUCGGGCCCCUGACACUUAUUGUAUGGUCUCUUAACGUGCUAGUGACACCCCUGCUUUUCAUUGGGGGGAUGGUGCAUCGUCUGCCAAGUCUUUAAGAACAUAAGAACAUAAGAAUGGAGGAACACUGCAGAAGGCCUACUGGCCCAUGCGAGGCAGGUCCUUAUCAAAACGACCUCUACCUGAAGCUACCCAAGAAAUAACUCCUGUACCCAAUGACACCAAUCAAACCCAGCCCUUCCCACUCAUAUAUUUGUCCAGUCUCUUCUUAAAGCUACCCAAGGUCCUAGCCUCUAUCCCCAUACUGGGAAGACUGUUCCACGCAUCUACAACUCUGUUAGAAAACCAGUACUUACCUAUGUCCUUUCUAAAUCUAAAUUUAUCCAAAUUAAAUGCAUUAUUUCUGGUUCUUACCUGGUUCGACACCCUCAGUACUUUAUUAAUAUCUCCCUUGUUUAUGCUCGUCUUCCACUUAUACACUUCAAUGAUAUCUCCCCUCAUUCUACGCCUCUCCAGAGAGUGGAGAUUUAAGGCUUUAAGCCUAUCUUCAUACGGGAGGUUCCUUACAGAGUAAGAUCAUAAGAACAUAAGAAUGGAGGAACACUGCAGAAGGCCUACUGGCCAUGCGAGGCAGGUCCUUAUCAAAACGACUACUAACCAAAGCUUCCCAAGAAACAACUCCCGCACCCAAUGACACCAUUCAGACCCAGCCCCUCCCACUCAUAUAUUUGUCCAGUCUCUUCCUAAAGCUACCCAAGGUCCUAGCUAUGUAUUAAUUUAGUCAUCCUAUGCUGAAUGUUUUCUAACGAAUUUAUGUCCAUUCUGUAAUAUGGAGACCAGAAUUGAGCUGCAUAACUUAGGUGAGGCCUUACUAAUGAUGUAUAAAGCUGCAGUAUGGCCUCUAGACUUCUGUUGCUUACACUUCUUGAUAUAAAUCCCAGUAAUCUAUUUGCCUUAUUACGUACGCUUAGGCAUUGCUGUCUUGGUUUAAGGUUGCUGCUCACCAUAACCCCCAGGAGGCAGGAACAGUAGAGAUGCGAAGACGAUGUAAUCAGUCCAUCACCCAUGAAGUCGAAGAAUUUUGAGGUUUUCAGUCCCUCAGCGAAAAUGGUACCUCACUAGUAUUGCACCUCACUCAGAGCCUUUAUGUACCCUCUGUGUCCAUGUAUUGUUUGUAAUGGCUUGAUAAAGCUCCUGGAGAGCGAAACGUUGCCACAAUAAAUGUCACAUUAGUUGCACUUGUGUCCUUUUACUUCACAGAGUUGUAGAUGCGUGGAACAGUCUUCUCAGUGGGGUGAUAGAGGUUAGGACCUUGGGUAGCUUUAAGAAGAGACUGGACAAAUAUAUGAGUGGGAGGGGCUGGGUUUGAUUGGUGUCAAGGGGUACGGGAGUUAUUUCUAGAUUAUGCAGGGCCUCACCUAGAUUAUGUAUGGCCUCACCUAGAUUAUGCAGCUCAAUUCUGGUCUCCAUAUUACAGAAUGGACAUAAAUUCGUUAGAAAACAUUCAGCGUAGGAUGACUAAAUUAAUACACAGCAUUAGAAAUCUUCCUUAUGAAGAAAGAUUGAAGACUCUUAAGUUACAUUCACUUGUUAGACGAAGAAUGAGGGGAGACCUGAUCGAAGUGUAUUAGUGGAAGAUAGGUAUUAAUAAAGGGGAUAUUAACAAGGUCUUGAGGAUAUCUCUCCAAGAGAGAACCCGCAGUAAUGGAUUUAAAUUAGAUAAGUUUAGAUUUAGAAAGGACAUAGGAAAGUAUUGGUUUGGAAAUAGGGUAGUUGAUGAGUGGAACAGUCUACCUAGUUGGGUUAUUGAGGCUAGGACUUUGGGUAGUUUCAAAUUUAGGUUGGAUAAGUACAUGAGUGGGAGGGGUUGGAUUUGAGUGGGACUUGCACAUCGGAGCUUGUUUCUUGGGUGGCAUUGAAAAUUGGGUUGGGCAAAUGUUUUGUUAGUGGGAUGAAUUGUAAAGGACCUGCCUAGUAUGGGCCAACAGGCCUCCUGCAGUGUUCCUCCUUUCUUAUGUUCUUAUGUUCUUAUGAGUAGCUUUAGGUAGAUGUCGUUUUGAUAAGGACCUGCCUCGUAUGGGCCAGUAGGCCUUCUGCAGUGUUCCUACAUUCUUAUGUUCUUAUGUUCUAUCUGAAGAUCAAGCGACAGUGCGGAGACUUAAAUACUGUCGUCUACUGUGUAGGCGAAACGUUUCGGAAUAAAGUUGCCUAACUGUUGCCUAUGUGUCAUACCUACCAACUUGUCGGUAUUUGUUACCAAGGUUUAUACCGAUAAACGUUAUAAACAGUGAAUGACUCCUGAUGCAUUUAUCCUAAUUCUUGCGUAGUUCUGGAUAAAAGAUGGACACGAGAGUGGGUGAGGAUAGUUGGUUUUGACGAGGACCUGCUUCUGACCUGAGACGGACUGAGUGAGGUGGCAAAUAUGGUCAGGUGGUAUCCACUUCUGGCCUAUAUAAGAUUCUUUGGUGAAGGAUUCCAUAAGGCUCGUGAAUAACUAUUAAAGCAGUUCCAUUGACAACCUUUGAAAACUACUUCCAUAAUUUUUAGAGACAAUAUGGAAAAGUUCCAAGAUAAUUUACAAAACCCCGUGAAGGAGCUGGAUCAUGGCCUGUUUGAUAUGUCUCACUUUUUACAUCGGCCUGCAACUCCUGUGAAAGAUGAGUCGGCAGUCGGAGGCCGAUUGCAAAACUCGCUUGACGAGGGGGGUAUUCGCCUGUUUGAUAUGUCUCAAAUUUUACGUUUUCCAGCAAUUCCUUCGGAAGAUGAGUUGGUAGUCAGGGGCCGAUUGGUAAACGAGACUUGCCAUAAACAAAUUGACAAUAUCGGUCCAAUUACAGUCACAUUUCCCUUUGAAAUUGGAGAGCAAUUUCACCAAGGAAUUUCUAGUAAUGUAGGCAAGGUUAAGAAACAGAAAACAGUUCUUUGUGGAACACCUUAUCAAGUCUUCAAGCCAGAGAAUCGAGUCACCUGCCAUGCCUGUGGACUCAUUGUUGCCACUCGAGGUCACCUGGAGAGGCACCAACGCUCCCAUGGAGCAAAUAAUACCUACAAAUGUUACCUAUGUGACUGUAGCUUCACCCGAAAGAAGAAAGUGUUGGACCAUCUUGAUAAAGCCCAUGGCAUAAUGACACCAAAGUUUGCUAUAUAAAGAAAGUGAUGCUCACAGUAACAUGAC